ACGGUGACGCGCGGUAUAUGGAGUAGUAUAGCAUCCAGAUAUGAGUCCGAUCAACAGUCUCUGGUUCAAAUGGAAGAGCCUUAAGCUUCCCUGGAGGAAGAUGUUCCUCGUUGGGAAUGAUCUUGCGGGCAACACAUACUGGGAAUUCAAAGAUUCCCUUAAACCUGGACGUUUUCGGCGCAUUGUGAAGGCCAGUCCAAAGAUACACUAUGCCGACGUGAAAGUGUCGCCACAAUGGCAUCAGUGGCUUCGAUACGUUCGACCUGAACCACCGACCAUUGAAGAACAACGGAAUGAACUCCUACGGCAAGAAAGGAUGAAAUAUCUAGCCCAGCGUGCGGACGAAAGAUGGGCAAGUAAGCCGUCAUUCCUCGACAAACCAGCACAGCAACCUGCUCCCGCGCUACAAUCACACGAGUCAUCCUACCACGCUACUAGACCGAAUGAAAACGCUGAAAUGGCGGAAGUGUUGCAAGAACAGCAUUCUGAUGCAAAGAGCAGCCAGAGAAUGAAGAAUCCAUGGGAUAGGGCAACAGGUGGACCAAGUGAGAACUGGCAGCCUGAGUCGUGGAAUCCUAAUGUCUCGAAGAGAUAA